AUGUCGGCGAAAAACGUAUCCGGUCCUAAUGGCAAAAAGCCUGCAUCCGCGGCGACGAACUUGAUCGCUGGCGGUGGUGCGGGAAUGAUGGAGGCAUUGGCUUGUCACCCGUUGGAUACCAUCAAAGUCCGCAUGCAGCUUUCGAGGAGAGCGAGGGCGCCUGGCACGAAACCCCGCGGCUUCUUGAAAACUGGCUCGGAGAUCAUUAAGCGCGAGACGCCGCUCGGUCUCUACAAGGGAUUGGGUGCCGUCUUGACGGGUAUUGUGCCGAAGAUGGCGAUACGGUUCACGAGUUACGAGUGGUACAAGCAAAUGCUCGCAGGCAAGGACGGAAGCGUGUCGGGACAGGCAACAUUUAUGGCCGGUCUCGCAGCAGGUGUCACAGAAGCCGUGGCGGUGGUGACGCCCAUGGAAGUUGUCAAGAUCCGGCUGCAAGCGCAGCACCACUCGAUGGCGGACCCGCUCGACGUGCCCAAGUACCGCAACGCCGCACACGCGCUGUACACGGUUGUGAAAGAAGAGGGCAUAGCGGCGCUGUACCGGGGUGUGUCAUUGACGGCGCUGCGCCAGGGCUCCAACCAGGCCGUCAACUUCACCGCCUACACCGAGUUCCGCGCGGCGCUGCAAAACUGGCAGGGCACGCAUGACCUGCCCAGCUGGCAGACGGCGUUUAUCGGGCUGGUUUCGGGUGCCAUGGGACCGUUGUCCAACGCGCCAAUCGACACGAUCAAGACGCGCUUGCAGAAGACGCCGGCCGAGGCGGGCGAGACGGCCAUUGGCCGCAUUGUCAAGAUCGGAAGCGACAUGUGGAAGCAGGAAGGCACGCGCAGCUUCUACAAGGGCAUCACGCCGCGCAUCAUGCGCGUUGCGCCGGGCCAGGCCGUCACCUUCACCGUCUACGAGUACCUGAAGGGCGUGUUGGAGCGCGGCCGCGAGAUGAUGGAGGGCGGGCGCUAUGAAGAGUAA